GUGUGGUGUUCUCGCUCAUCAUCGGGAAACAUGAAGCUUUUCGUUCUGGUUGCUUUGUUCGGGCUCAGCUUCGCCCAGCACAACCCCAACGCCAGGGAUGGGAGGACGGCCAUCGUCCACCUGUUUGAGUGGCGCUGGGCUGACAUCGCUGCAGAGUGCGAGCGCUUCUUGGGUCCCAAAGGCUUCGCUGGUGUCCAGAUUUCUCCACCAAACGAGCACAUCCUCGUGAGCGAUCCUUGGAGGCCCUGGUGGCAGAGAUACCAGCCAAUCAGCUACAACCUGUGCUCAAGAUCUGGGGGCGAGAAUGAGCUGAGAGACAUGAUCACCAGAUGCAACAAUGUUGGGGUGAAUGUCUACGUGGACGCAGUCAUCAACCACAUGUGUGGAGCUGGUGGUGGAGAGGGAACCCACUCCUCCUGUGGCAGCUGGUUCAAUGCCAACAACAAGGACUUCCCAAGUGUUCCCUAUUCUAAUUUGGACUUCAACGACGGCAAAUGCAAGACUGGAAGUGGCAACAUUGAGAACUACGGGGAUCCUUACCAGGUGCGUGACUGCCGUCUGGUCGGUCUCUUGGACCUGGCCCUUGAGAAAGACUACGUUCGAGGAAAGGUGGCGGAUUUCAUGAACAAACUGAUUGACAUGGGAGUGGCUGGAUUCAGAGUGGACGCCUGUAAGCACAUGUGGCCCGGCGAUCUGGACAACGUUUACCGCCGUCUCAACAACCUGAACACCAAAUGGUUCCCCGGCGGCAGCAGACCCUUCAUCUUCCAGGAGGUGAUUGAUCUUGGAGGCGAGCCCAUUACAACUGGCGAGUAUGUGGGUCUUGGAAGAGUGACUGAGUUUAAAUAUGGUGCCAAGCUGGGAGCUAUCUUCAGGAAGUGGAACGGAGAGAAGCUGUCUUACACUAAGAACUGGGGAGAAGGUUGGGGAUUCAUGGCUGACGGCAAUGCUGUUGUCUUCACCGACAACCACGACAACCAGAGAGGCCACGGUGCAGGAGGAGCCUCCAUCCUCACCUUCUGGGAUCCCAGACUUUACAAGAUGGCUGUCGGAUACAUGCUGGCUCAUCCUUACGGGUUCACCAGAGUCAUGUCUAGCUACCGCUGGGACCGCAACAUUGUCAACGGACAAGACCAGAAUGACUGGAUUGGGCCCCCCAGCAACGGUGACGGAUCCACCAAGCCAGUUCCCAUCAACCCUGACCAGACCUGUGGAGAUGGAUGGGUGUGUGAGCACAGAUGGCGUCAGAUUACGAACAUGGUCCAUUUCCGUAAUGUGGUGAGUGGACAGCCUCAUGCCAACUGGUGGGACAACGGCAACAAUCAGGUCGCCUUUGGCCGUGGAAACCGUGGAUUCAUCGUGUUUAACAACGACGACUGGGCUCUGGAUGUGACUCUGAACACUGGCCUUCCUGGCGGCACCUACUGUGACGUCAUCUCUGGCAAUAAGGACGGAGGCAGCUGCACUGGGAAGCAGAUCACUGUUGGCGGUGAUGGCCGUGCACACUUCUACAUCAGCAACUCAGAAGAAGAUCCUUUCAUUGCUAUUCAUGCUGAGUCUAAGCUGUAAAUGAAAACCAAAGACAAUAAAACCUGCAACUGAA